CAGCUCCAGUCCAGCUUUUCACUCUUUUACAGUUCAGUUUGGUUGCAGAACAGGGUACUUGUCUUUCUCUCCUCCUCUCUCUCUUUCCUUCUCUUCCUCUGCAACCAACCAUGAGGAUCACCUUUGUGACAAUGGCCACGGCGAUGGUGUGUUUGAUGGGUGUCCAUGGAGACGUGCAGCCUCAGAGAGACUUCGACCUGCAGAGGUUUGCAGGGAAGUGGUACCGUGUGGGCCUGGCGUAUGACUCCCCAGGGUUUACUGCCCCAUACAGAGACAAGCUGAGAGUGUCCAUGGGCAUUCUGAAUCCACAGACCAACGGCGAUGUCAACCUCACCAUGUGGACCCAGAGAUCAACAGGUUGCCGCAGUAAGCUUUACACGUAUGAGAAGACAGCGAUACCUGGCGCCUUCACCUAUUUCAGCACCCGCCAUAACAAAGUAAAGGACAUCACAGUAGUGGAGACCAACUAUAAUGAAUAUGCACUGGUCCUGAAGCACAAGAAGAUGGACAGAGAGUACACACAGGUGGCCCUCUAUGGUCGUUCUCAGAAGGUAAAGCCUGAAGUGAUUCAGAAAUUUAAAGACUUUGCCACAUCUCAUGGAUUUCCCAAGGACGCCAUUCUGACCCCACCACCUGCAGGUAGUAGCCUAAAGAACUGUCCUCCCUAUGGACGCUAAGGUUUGUUUUUGUGCUCUCCUUCAGAUCAGAGCAACAUCAUGAUUACUCGUUGAUUUGCUUCGCCGCACCCGUUUCCCGGCACUUAUUAGACAUUUGUCUCUCCAUCGGAGCACAGCAUGGUUUCACCUUUACACCACACGUUUCACUGGGCAACAACAGAACCUCAACACGCUUUACCUCACAAGGGUGAAAUAGUAUAACCACUAAUGACAGAUGCACUCUUAGACAGCCCGUCUUAUUUUAUUACCAACAUCCUCUCUGAUGUCUGUCUGUCUCUUGUCCCAUCGGUACAACGGACAGUUAAAUUUGUUUUCCUUUCUGAAUCCGAUAAACAAGGGACAUCAUUGUCUUGUAUAACACUGCUAUGGCUGAAUAAAUGCUAGUGUUCCUCUGCC